AGGAAAGAUGUUGCUGUGCCGAUCGUUGGAGGGAAGCUGCUUUACAAGGUAUGCGCACACACACACACACACACACACACACACACCGGGGCGAGAUGGAGAGGCAGAGAAGGGUGAAUGAGUUAAAGGCAUAAGGGUGGUGGUGAAAAUAAUAGGAUGCGAUGAAAAUAAGAAGAGGAAAAUGGAAUAUCACGCUCUGGUUGACCCCUGGCAUUGUCGUUGCGACUGGCUGACUGGCUUGAUGAUAUUUUUAUUCUUAUUCUAUUUUCCAUCUAUCUUUUAUUUUAUUUUGACUUCCCCCCUUUUUCUUUUGCUACUUACUUUGAUUCGUUCAAUCCCCCGUUGAUCAAUCCCGCACCCUGCCGUUUUUUUCAGUUUAUGUUUCUUAUCUCUGAACCCCGCUCCUUAUACUGGCGUUUUCUUGCCACAUCCUCGCACUGCAGAACGCCAAUGCACUAUUCAUGCGGUGGGGCUCACCAUAUGAUGUGAUUUUCAACUCCCCGAUGAUCUCCCCAGUGGCUAGUUGAAGAGUGGGCUUGUGGCCUCUUGAUAGCCGAACGUCCUCUCCCCCUCUUCCGACUUCCGCACAGGUUUUGAAAGUGCAUGUUCAUGCCGAAAUACAUCGGCUACAACCAACAAAAUGAUAUUGUUGGCCGGGGUGUUGUGGGGGAUUGGUAAAGAACACGGAAGCCAAGAGUUUGCCAUUACUCCCAUUGAUUGGCACGCUGGUUAUUUGGGAGCGCUGUGGGUUCGGCCCCAAGGACUGAUCGCAAGGCUGUUAUUUCCCCUCAACCUACUCCGUACAGCUAGCUGCAGCUGUCGAUGGCCAAGGCUCGAUAUGAUAUUUGCUUUUUCUUUCCCCUUCUUUCAUUGCUUUAUUUAUUUUUAUUUUUUUUCCUGCCCCUCGUAUUUUUAGUUCGGGUACUUUGCGAAUACUGUGGCCUAGCUAUAUGAACUCAUACCACGCCAGGUACCGGACUAGUACUAGUGCGUAGCGCUAUACGUCAUUAUUUGCCAUCUGUCGCAAACUUUGCCCUUACUUGAAAGGAAGCCCUUUGAUUCUUUUUGCGACUCCAUUUUGGGGCCCAAUUUGCGUUGGGUUUUUAUUUUACAGCUAGAGCUUUUUGCACACUCACUCCAAAGCUGACAAGUUACCCGAAUGUGUCAACAUUAAUCCCAUCCCACUCCCCCCGCCUCCUGCCGGCAAAUCCCCAAACCCCCAACUUCCCCAAGUCUGUCUUAAAGUUGACAUCAUUAUUAUAUAUUAUUGUUUCGCAUCUCUGCAAUUCUUAAAGUCAAAUCGUUUCAAAUCCAUUCGCAACGCCUAUUGCCCUCUUGGUUUCUUCUUCUUUUUUUUGGUCAAUUUAUAGUUUGUUUGUUUGUUUUUUCUCGCCGAAAAUAGAGCGAGCCCUAUUUUCAACUCGUUACCUGGACUGACCUGUCGUGUAACACGUUGCCUGAUAGUUUGUUGUCGACGGUUCCUGGAAACUAGAUCCCACGGCUCUCCAAGAAGACGACGGUCAUCAUAACACCAACAACGUUCUCCUCCGACAUCACAUUAAACAACUCCCCCCCACGAAAGUCAUCACUCCAGCACCAGCUUCCCCAGCGGGUAAAGAAGCUCCAGAAACCAUGUCUGGAGUUACACCAGAAUCCACAACCGCAGCCUUAGCCGCAGGUGUCCCCAAAGAGUCAGACAAGGUUCCAGAAACUGAAACCGCCGCUCCCGCCGCUUCCACCAUCUCUUCUGCUGCUCCAGAAUCGACCACCGCCACUCUCGCGAAGGAUGCCACACUAGAGAGUAAAAAGGAUUCGACUCCCGGCGCUUUCCCAGUGACACCUGCUGGAGAAACAGAGCAGUUCACAGUCAAGCCAAUCCCGGCGACAGAAGGCGUUGGGAACCCAAUCCAACUCCAGCCAGGCGAACCAGUUCCUGACCCCAGCACCAUCACACAAAACACAGUGGCUUCCACUGCCACUACGGGUCAGGAAGGGUAUGAGAAAGAUGCUAGUACCGCGGGCUUCGCACCGCCAGCGGAAGAAACAGUUACCACCCUUCCCGUAAUAACCCACUGCACUAAUGGGGUCGUGGAACCAUUCGUCCAAUCCGCUGCUCCCACAUCCACCACUGCCGCGCUCGCCGGUGCCGUCCCGCUCGAGAAAUCAACCCGCAAUGCAGGCGGGCCUAGCGAACCGCAAGUUGCCGCCAGCGACGUCCCCGACGUAGUCAAGGAGUCGUUAGAGAAGGCCCACAAGAUGCCCGAAGCCGCAGGUGUCCCUGCCGCUGUCGCGGAGAAGAAAGAGGUUGAGGAGGAGUUGCUUGGAAAUGUGGAACCCGCCGCUGGAGCUGCUGGAGCAGAUACCUCUGGUGGGGCCCCUGCAAUCGUUCGCAAGUCCAUCGAUGACGCGCAAUGGAACCCCGAAGCAGCGGCUGUGCCUCUAGCCGUGGCUGAGAAAAAGGAGGUUGAAGAGCAGCUGCUCCACGACGUGAAACGCGUUGAUCAGGCUGGUGAACCCGCACCCGUCAUCACGGCGGAGACCUCUGCUGCUGCACCCGGUACUUCCACCGCAGCGGCAGCAGCAGUUCCUGCCCCCGAGCCAGCACGGACAACCCAAGAUGAAUCCAUUUCGCCGAAAUCUCCAGCCGCCACCACUGCACAUACCGCCGGAUCCCCGACGACCGAGCAGACACAGCCAACCGACACGACGCGCCCGGGGACGACUACCGCACCAGCAGAAGUUGCGGCCGCCUCUACAGCUGCCAAAAACACUUCUGGUACCGAGGCACCCCCGGCCACUGGAGCGGGAGCGGAAGCAGCGACCAAGCCCACGACAGCGCAGACGACGGAUCAGGAGAGCCAAACCAAGAAGAAAAAGAAGAACCGUGCCAGUGCGAUCUUCUCGAAGCUGAAGGAGAAGUUCAAGUGAGAGAGUUAAGGGUAUAGUGUUAUUAUUACCUUGGCUUGCCUGGACAAAAUGAUGGAAAAGAGGAACAACGAAAAAAAGGGGAAAAGGAAUGAAACAACAAAAGGGGGGGAAAAAGACGAGAAAAGAGGGAUGUUACGUAUGUCUCAGCGGGAUGGGAUGAUGUUUUGCUAUGAUAAUUAUAAUCUAAUUUGAUGUUCAAAAAAAAAAAAAAAAAUCAUAUCUUGAGCGAAUGAAGGGCGCGCCGGGGGAAAUGGCAAUUUAAUACGGAGUAAUGCUAACGAAGCUGUUGUUGCUCGCUAGUUGCAGUCUGUCUGGGGCCGGAAGGAGAUGGGAUGGGAUGUAUGAGUCUGUAUGAGAGGCAGUAUACCCGAUCUUUUUACAAAUUCUUUUAUUUUUAUUUUUUAUUUUUUAUCUUUGUUUCUUUCUUUUGUUUCCUCUCCUCUCUCUCUCUCCUCUCUCUCUCCGCUCUCUCUCUGUGUUCUUAAUGCAGGAUUUGUGUUGCAUGUUAAUUAUUGUUGCAUGAAUUGUGCGUAAAUUUGCCAGUGUUCGCCCUAUGUUUAUUGGAUAUUAUUAAUUCAUAUAUAAAUUAGUUUUGACAGUAAUAAUAAUUAGCAUCUUUUGUGUCAGUUAGCAGGGCUCUGAGACCAGUUCCAAGGCUAUUACGCUCGCCAUCCAUAUUUGAUAUGUAUCAUGCGCUAUUUCCAUUUAGACAUGUCUGUUGCUGCACUUAUUGAUUUAUAUAGCCCUUGGAAACACGGCUUGAACAACGACGCACUUUCUUGUCCUCUUCUUCUCCCAUCCUGUGUCCCGUUUCCUGUGCCCUGCCCCUUCGUUGGAAGGAAUUUAUGGGGUUCUCUGUGAGGGGUCAUGCUGAAUGUAUGUAGCACGGACGGAUCUUGGGGAUGAUAGGUUGAAGCCAGGAGCUCGAUUCUGCUUUGGUUUCAUAAUCAAAUGCAAAUGCCAAUGUACAGUACAUACAUGUACAGUACAACGUGGGCUAGAAAGGCGCCCUCGAUCGAGUAUGACUCCAAUGUUUACACACAGGAUUAGGAACCGGCACACGGCGAUGCUUCAUCAAUUAGCACAUGAGAGGUGGUGGUGUUAUUUCAUGAACACGAAACGUUCGGCGGCAAGGUAGAGGAUUUUCAGGGAAAGAUAAUCUCGACACCUUGAAAGACAUGGGGAAUAUAAGAAAGAGAUCGCUGGUUUGCUAGAUCACACUGAUUUAGGGCAGAAAGGUAACUAUCGCAAAGAACGGAUCAUCAGCACCAAUAGGAGGAUGAAGGUGAGGCAGUUGACCAAGGGGACGCUACUCAAAGAUGAUGAGAUAUUCCAAACUUCUGCCAGACAAUAUCCAAUAUCGCUAAGAGUAUCUUGACUGAUCUAGAAGUCUUAUUCGCAGAAAGCAAAGACACACAAAUUAAUAGUUAUCUUAUUCUUGAGAACUCUAUUUAGAUACCUGCCUUCUGGGUGUGUUAUAUUCAUAUCCCCGCCUAAUAUUCUCCUUCGAUCCUACAUCGAAGUGCAACAACAGGACUGGUUUUAUAUAAUUCCUCCCGUUCCGGCGUAUGCGGAUCUUUUCUCCCGCGAUGACUGGCAACUUGCAAAAUGCUCCGUGACACGGCGGGGCCUUUGGUUAAGUUAAAGCGAAACUUAACACACACUCGAGUAUAGACAACGGUCAUUUCUCAUUCAUCGAGGAUGUAAUGAGCUUCUUCCAUCUUCUGAUCGGUGUGGUUGAGCCUACGUUGCCUCCAAUCAUACUUCUGUAUAUGGUGCUUUCUUCUUGCCUUCUUUCCUGACUUUGAAUACGGAUCUGAUAAGAAUAAAAUUAAAUCAAAACCUCUGCUCUGCUUCAAACCAUGCCCUGAUUGAAUCAAAUUUCCAGAUUUAAUUGCAAUCAACCGCAGCUGGCCUGAGUCCAUCCUCUGAUGUACUAUGCUGAGCCAUCAGGCUUUGUUGAAACUGACAUAACUUGAAUAUGAGAAACUAAAUAGACAGCUGCCCAAUAUUCCACAAAGAAAGAAGAGCUACAACAGUGACAGUGAGAGACACCUCUUGAUUGAGUCUUUCUUGAGAUAUUCACUCCUCAGUCUCUUCUUCUUCUGAUAACUACUCUCAUAUAAAUCAUCAGAAAAUUUUCUAUUCUUUUUACAUCAGUCUUUUGUAUGUACAGUACAAACUUACUAUGAUACGAUCGAAUUUAUGGGCCAGAUUCUCUGAAGCUGAUGUGUGUGACUUCCUGGCACAACACUUGCGCGGUUCUAUCUCCUUCGAAGGUCUAUGCGGAUAGACGUAUUCCGAG